AUGACCCGACUUGCAGCGUCCAGCAGCCCCCACCGGGCCAUGACCAGCCGCCUGGUGCUGCUGGCGGUGGUGGCCGUACUGUGCCUGAUGGCACCGCAGGGAGUGAGUGCACAAGACGUUGAAUCAAGAAACUCUAAUAAGCCACGUCAUCCCAAGCCCAAGGCCCCUAAGCAGCCCAAGGCCCCCAAGCAGCCCAAGGGCCCCGAGCAGCCGACUGCCCCCAAGCAGCCAAUGAUCCCUAAGCAGCCCAAGGCCCCUAAGCAGCCCAAGGGCCCCCAUGAGCCCAAGGCCCCCGAGCAGCCGACUGCCCCCGAGCAGCCGACUGCCCCUAAGCAGCCCAAGGCCCCUAAGCAGCCCAAGGCCCCUAAGCAGCCCAAGGGCCCCGAGCAGCCGACUGCCCCUAAGCAGCCAAUGAUUCCCAAGCCGCCCAAGGCCCCUAAGCAGCCCAAGGCCCCCCAUGAGCCCAAGGCCCCCGAGCAGCCGACUGCCCCCAAGCAGCCGACUGCCCCUAAGCAGCCCAAGGCCCCUAAGCAGCCCAAGGCCCCUAAGCAGCCCAAGGGCCCCGAGCAGCCGACUGCCCCUAAGCAGCCAAGGCCCCAAGCCGCCCAAGGCCCCUAA